AUGCAUCUCCCCCCUGCCGGACUCUGGUUCCUCACCCCCGCCCUCGGGCUGGGCAUGGCCCUUCCGAUGGAGGACGCCUUGGCCCCCUCGAUGGGCAUAGAGAUGCCUAUCGAAAUGAACGAGCAAAUGGAAAACAAGAUUCACAUUCAUCACGUCGAAUAUAUGCAUGACGAGAUUCCAGAGAGAGCGAUGCAAACCGGCCCCGCUUUCAAUAUAGACAUGGCCCCCGGGAUCGAAAUGGACGAUAAGCACAAGAUGGGAGAACAGAUGCACAGUUACCAUGAGCACGACUACUACGCGCAGAAGGAGAAACGACACGACGACAACCCAACCGAUGAACCGACUCUGACCAAGUCUCCGAUACCAACGACUACAAGGGAGACUGCGACUGACACUUACACUGACACUGAAACUACAACUACAACGAGCGACGACAACCAGCCAACCAAACCGCCGGGACACUAUGAUGAGUACGGGAAGUAUGGGGAUUACGGAAAGUACGGGCAUUAUGGUGACUAUGAUGAUGCAACUCGGCGGGAGACAGACCUUCCACGACAGAGCUGGCGAGAGUAG